AUGUCGACCAACUUCAUACUCGAUCCUCCAAGAGAUGCUGUUUGGAAACGCUACGAACACGUUUGGAGCGAUGAGCAGUCGGACUUUGUGUGUAACACCGCUCAGCCCGGCUGUGAGAACGUCUGCUACGACCUCGCCUUCCCCAUCUCUCGUCGCUUCUGGGUUCUUCAGAUUAUCGCCGUGGCAACCCAUGUGCUCUAUCUCGGCCACGUCCUUCACGUGAUCCACGUGGAGAAGAAGAUGAAGGAGAGGAUGAAGAAGCAGGCGGAGCUGGACGACCAGGCCAGUCUGUUCCUCAGGAGAACCUACAAAGUCCCCAAAUACACCAAAAGCAACGGGAAGGUGAGCAUCCGCGGCCGCCUCCUCCGCAGCUACGUCCUCCAUCUGGUGGCCAAGAUCAUCCUGGAGGCGUUGUUCAUCGUGGGUCAGUACUUCCUGUACGGCUUCACCCUGCAGACCCGCUACGUCUGCACCCGCUUCCCCUGCCCCCACAAGGUGGACUGCUUCCUGUCCAGGCCUACGGAGAAAUCGGUCAUCAUCUGGUUCAUGCUGGUGUCGGCGGUGGUGUCGUUCGUGCUGGGCGUGGUCGAGCUCUUCUACCUGUGCGUGAAGGCGGUGAAGGAGUGCGUGGCGAGGAGGCGGGACUACACCGUGACCCCCGUGACCCCGCCGCUCACAGGGAGGAAGGCCUACAAGAGUCUGGAUGAGACGACCCAGAACUGUGUGAACAUGGAGCUGGAGAUGCAGGGGCGGAAGUUAGGGGGCAAUGGGGGCAACGGGGUCGCCGGGGGCAACGGGGUCAAUGGGGGCGGCGGGAACGAGACCACUAAAAAUGUAUCUGAGAGCAACAAAAUGGGAGAGGUUCAUAUCUGA